AUGGAUAUUCAUGGUAACAGAAAAAAUAUCGGUCAUAUCAUGUUAAUUUUAGUUGAUGUGUUGAAUCUCGCUGAACAGAUUGGCGUUUAUUUUAUUGCUCGUGAAAACGAUUUGGAUGAAACUGAACAACAAAAAUUCUUUUUUAUUUUGUUCGCUGUCGGCGGUGCACUGGUAUUUAAACCACUUUGUGUUCAUGCAAUACCAAUGGUUUUAUUUAGUAUAGCCAUUGAGAUUGGUGAAUUAGUGUCAUAUUUAGCAGUAUUGUCAAAUACAACUACUUUACUCGUUGUUGUUAUUGUAUUUUCUGCCGUCGAAAUUAUGCUUCACAUGAUUAGUAUAAUCGGUCUUUGGGGUGAAAAUAACGGAUAUUGCGAAGAAUUCGUAAAAAACUGUUGUGCAUUACCGGUACGCGUAAUCUUAUAUGGUUUAUUAUUUCAAACACAAAUAUUGUUCUUAUUUCUUGAUGUUAAUUCACCAUUUCGUGGAACGUACUAUGAAGUCUUAAUGAUAUUCUCGACAUUUUUCGGUUUAACGAGUAUAGAUAAAAUAGCCACAAAAUGUUGUAGUAUGACUGAAGGUGAUAACGAGAAUAAUUUACUUACAAUAUGGGAAGGAAUUUUAUCGUUGUUAAGUGCACUAGAAAGUCCUAUUAUUGUAAUCACUGCAGUUGUAUAUGCAAGUCAAUUGCUACAAGAUAGAUCAUCAUUGAAAACAUAUGACUUUGCUAUAUAUAUUGUCAUUAUAAUUACGUAUGGAUCAGCUCUUCUUGGACUAGCUAUAUCAAUUUUAUGUACUCUGUGUUUAUGUGCAGGUGCGUUGGUAUUGGGCAUAAAGAAUGUGUUUUCCUCAUAG